UUGCCAGUGCUGUUUUGUAUGUGAAUAUUAGAAAAAUACCUUAAUUGUACUUUGAAUACAGGGAUUUUAUGGAAAAUUAAAACUUUGAAGAAUCAAGGCUAGUUCCCGCCAGCAAUUUUAUUUUGAUGGACAGAACAGAACCGAAGCAGAGAAGUUUCUGCGAAGAUGUCUAAAGUUGCGGUUGAUAAAGAUGUAUUUUUUCGAAGAAUACAAAGAGUAUACGAGUAUUGGAAGAAGGCAACAAGUGAUGAUGGACCAACCAUUAACAAUGUUGAUGCAAUUGUGACCAUUGUAGGUCAGGAUGAGGAUGUCAUAUAUAGCAAAUCUACUGCACUACAGCAAUGGCUUCUAGGAUAUGAACUCACUGAUACAAUCAUGGUUUUAUGUGAAUCACAAAUAUAUUUUCUGGCCAGUAAGAAAAAAAUUGAAUUUUUAAAGCCAAUACAAGAUGGACAGAAAAAAACAGAAAAUAUUCCACCAGUGACAUUAUUGUUACGUAAUAAGACUGAUAACGAUGCUCAAAAUUUUAAAACACUGACAACAGCAUUAAAAGAAAGCAAAGAUGGAAAAACAACAGGAGUUUUUGUAAAAGAUAAAUUUUCCGGUGAAUUUGCUGAAAGUUGGAAAAAAGCUUACGAUGCAGAAAAAUUUGAAAAGGUUGAUCUUUCGUCUCAGUUUGCAUACCUUAUGGCUGCCAAAGAGGACUCAGAAAUAGCAGUUAUGAAAAAAGCAGCAACCGUAACUUCAAUGUUGUUUGAUAAAUUUCUAAAACAACAAGUUGUAAAAGUUGUUGAUGAAAUCAAAACAGUAAAACAUUCAAAAUUGGCAGACCAAAUUGAACAAGCUCUUGAAGGGAAAAAAUAUCUUGGAGCUGGCAUGGAUGCUGACCAGGUAGAAAUGUGCUAUUCUCCGAUUAUUCAAAGUGGUGGCAAAUUUAACUUAAAAUUCAGUGCUGUCAGCUCUGACGAGAAACUAAAUUUUGGAGUUAUAACCUGUUCCCUUGGUGUUCGUUAUAAAUUUUAUUGCUCAAAUAUUGUACGCACCUUAAUGGUAGAACCCACUCAAGUUCAGCAAGAUUUAUACAACUACCUACUCACAAUUUUAGACUUUAUUUUGGAAAAAUUAAAACCAGGCACGAAGCUCUCUGCUGUGUAUAACACCGUUGUUAAGCAUGUCGAGAAGACAAAACCAGAACUCAAAGAUAAUUUUGUCAAAAAUAUUGGUUUUGUGACUGGUAUAGAAUUUAGAGAGGGUUCAUUAAUAUUGGAUCAAAAACACAGCCAGACAAUCAAAAAUGGUAUGGUAUUCAACAUUAAUAUUGGUUUGGUGAACCUAAAAAAUGAAGAAGCUAAAGAAGAUGCAGACAAAACUUAUGCGUUGUUUCUUGGUGAAACCGUAGUUGUCAAUGCAAACGACCAUGCCACUGUGUUAACUACGUCAAAAAAACAGAUAAAAAAUAUAGCACUGUUUUUAAAGGAUGAAGAAGAAAUGGAGCAAGAUGACGACCAGGUUGAGAUUGACGAAACAUUUUUACCAGAGAAAAAACACCGAGAAAUUUCAGCUGAAGACAAAAGAAAGAAACAUCAGAAAGAAUUGGCUCAUCAAGUUAAUGAGGAAGCUAAGAGGCGUUUGUUGGAAAAUCAAGGAGACAAAGAUACAGUCAAACAAGCUGUACGAACUAAUAUCGCAUACAAAAACAAUGCACUUAUACCAAGAGACAGUAGUGUGCAAGACCUCAAGAUAUUUGUAGACAAAAAAUAUGAAGCUCUCAUUCUUCCCCUCUUUGGACUUCCAACUCCUUUUCACAUCUCGACAAUUAAGAACGUUAGCACAAGUAUUGAGGGCGACUAUUCAUACUUACGAAUUAACUUCUUUUGUCCUGGAAGUUCAUAUGGCCGAGGUGAUGGAAAUUUGUUUUCAAAUCCUGAUGCAACUUAUGUUAAGGAAAUUGUGUUUCGAAGUUCAAAUCUAAAAGAAGCUGGAGAAAGCUUGGCACCGUCCACUAAUUUAAAUAAUGCGUUUCGCAUGAUCAAAGAUGUUCAAAAAAAAUUUAAAACUAGAGAGGCUGAAGAAAAGGAAAAGGAGGGUAUUGUCAAACAAGAAGAUCUAAUUAUACAUACAAGCAAGGGAAACCCACGUUUAAAGGAUUUAUAUAUAAGACCCAGCUUAACAAGUCGUAAAUGCACUGGCAGUCUUGAAGCGCAUGUAAAUGGCUUUCGUUAUAUGACCAUCAGAGGAGACAAAGUUGAUGUAUUAUACAAGAACAUCAAACAUGCUUUCUUUCAGCCAUGUGACGGGGAAAUGAUCAUCUUGCUGCAUUUCCAUUUAAAGCAUCCUAUUAUAAUUGGUAAAAAGAAAUACAGAGAUAUACAGUACUUCACUGAGGUUGGUGAAAUAACUACAGAUUUGGGGAAACGUCAACAUAUGCAUGAUCGUGAUGAUCUUCAUGCAGAACAGGCUGAAAGAGAGCUACGUCAAAGACUGAAGGGUGCGUUUAAAACUUUCAUUGACAAAAUCGAAGGUUUAACACAUGGUCAAGUGGAAUUUGACGUUCCGUUCAGAGAAUUGGGCUUCUCUGGAGUUCCAUUUAAAAGCACAGUGUUACUGCAGCCGACCACAUAUUGUUUAGCAAAUCUCACUGAACAACCACCUUUUAUAAUAACACUUGAAGAUGUUGAGUUAGUUCAUUUUGAACGAGUACAGUUCCACAUGAAAAAUUUUGAUAUGGUGUUUAUAUUUAAAGAGUAUACUCGAAAAGUGGUUAUGAUCAGUGCAAUACAGAUGACGCAGCUCGAUUCCGUAAAAGAUUGGUUAAACUCUUGUGAUAUCAAAUAUACCGAAGGUAUUCAGAGUUUAAAUUGGACAAAAAUUAUGAAAACCAUCAAUGACAACCCGGAAGACUUUUUUGAAAACGGUGGAUGGUCUUUCUUAGAACCGAACAGUGAGGAUGAAAAUCAGGAUAGCGAUGAUGAAGAGGAAGAUGAUGAGUUUGUGCCGCAAAGCGAUUCAGAUUUUGAAGAAGAUGAAGACAGUGAUGAGGAGUAUGACUCUGGUGACGCGGAGUCUGAAGAAUCGGCAUCUGAGGAAGAACUUGACAGUGAUGAAUCAUCAGGAAAAGAUUGGAGUGAUUUAGAAGAAGAAGCAAGAAAAGAUGAUCGAGCUAAAGAUCGUGAAGGGAGACCCGAGCCAGCUGCCGCGAGCAAAAAACGAAAACGCGAUGAAACGCCUGUGAAAAGUAAAAAAAAGAAAAGAGACAGAUAGAUGUCAUGUGAUUAAAUAGUGAAAUUUACGGCAAACGAGAUAUUAUAGAACUGUUUAUAUCUUUGCAAGGACUUCACUUGAGUAGAACGUUCUGUUAGAUGAAACAAAACUUGUAAAGGACCGCUUGUAAAAUUUUUUUAUCAAAUAAUAAUAUUAGAUAAAAUAUAA